UCCUCUUUUACGACCUGCCAGAAAGUAGCCGUCGCAGCCGGCGCCGCGCUGAGCCGGGCCACCAUGGGGAAAAUCGCGCUGCAGCUCAAAGCGACGCUGGAGAACGUCACGAACCUCCGUCCCGUGGGCGAGGACUUCCGGUGGUACCUGAAGAUGAAAUGUGGCAACUGUGGAGAGAUUUCAGAGAAAUGGCAGUACCUCCGGCUGAUGGAUAGUGUGGAACUGAAGGGAGGCCGUCACAGUGUCUCCAUGGUCCAGAAGUGCAAGCUGUGUGCACGGGAAAACUCAAUAGAUAUUUUGAGUAGCACCAUCCAAUCUUACAAUGCUGAAGACAAUGAGAAGUUCAAGACGAUAGUAGAGUUUGAGUGCCGGGGCCUUGAACCAGUUGAUUUCCAGCCCCAGGAUGGGUUUGCUGCUGAGGGUGUGGAGUCUGGGACAAUCUUCAGUGACAUUAAUCUGCAAGAGAAGGAUUGGACUGACUAUGAUGAGAAGGCUCAGGAGUCUGUGGGAAUCUAUGAGGUCACUCACCAGUUUGUGAAGUGCUGAACUCCCUUCCUACACACUUGGUCUUAAGAAUAAGAGGAAACAAAGUGCCCCAAGCAGCAGCACUCAUAGAGACUGACUCCUUCAUCCCUCAUCUCCUAGUUGCUGUAGAGAGCCCUCAUAACCUGCAUGCUGGGGUUUGUCAUGGUUCCCAAGCCACAUCAAUAAAACCCCUGUUUGUAUCACA